AUGGAUCUCUUGUCGGUGUUCUCUCUCGGCUGCAAGGGAGAAGAGACUACGACGACGGAAGAAACGCGAGCGAUCCAAUACGAAUAUCACCCUCUGCCUCUCCCCUCCUCCAUCUACCCUCCCUUCGCGCCCAAACGGGUGACGACGACCACCACCCCUCAGCCAGGGGUUCCUUCGUCUCUUCGGUCGCAAGCGCCUUCUCCUCUCGCGCCGUUGCUUACGCCGCUGCUUCAAGCGCCGGCCCUGGGUCGGGCCCCGCUCUUUCAAGUGCCGUUCCUGAAUCGGGCACCCCAGCUGCAAUUGCCUUCCUCGCACUUGAACAAGCCAGUGGUGGAAUCGACGGUCCGAAAUGACGGGAUUGUGUCCCCCCUCUUCCAGAACCAGUUCCACGAACAGGUUCGCCGAAUCCGCGGCCAGCAAACCCAACAGGGAGUUUCCCCGUUCGCUUCCCAGGUGCAUCAGGGGAUCAAUCGAGACGCGACGAUUCCCGUUCAGCCAGAAGCAGCCACCAGAAACAACGACAGCAAAGUCGAUGAUUCGCCACAGGAGUUCCCGCCCCAGCCGUACGACUUCGGCUUCAAGAUCCGAGACGGCGUGAAGGGAGCCUCGCAGGAGCACCAGGAGACCAAGGACGGCGACGGCGUGAAGGGCUCCUACUCCUACGAGGACGGGAACAUCCGCCGGACGGUGCACUACGUGGCGGACAAGGAUGGAUUCAGGGUGACGAAUGAGGAGAUCGUGGCCGUGCGGCCGCUGGCUGGGCUGGAUGGGACGGCGGAGGUGCAGAGCGCGGCGAGGAUCGCGGGGACGCAGAGGUUUUCGUCGUACGUUCACGUUCCCAAGCCGGAGGCGAGGCCGUGAAUGAGGACGCGUGCGAGACGAUCCAUGCAUUUUCAUUUUUGACGUACAAAAAUUGAACUCCAUAAAAGGUGAUUUGUUUUCA